GCUGUCACGGGUACCCGAAAUGACCCGGAACCGCGGAACAAUUCAUUCGGGUCGGGUACGGUUCCGUUUUUCCGGAAUUCGGUUCGGUUCCGAUUUGUAAAAUAGAAUAGGUAAAAAAACAAAAAUGGCGUCUAAAACGAAAUCGUCAGUGUGGAAAUAUUUCGACUUUUUACGUACUGAUGGAGAAACGGACAAAACAAUUACAGUGUGUAGCAUAUGCAGUACACAAAUCAAAUAUGCGACAGGUACCACAUCAUCGAUGUCAAAACAUUUGGACAGGAAACACGGUAUCAAAAGCGAAAGCACCAAGGAAAGUGUGUCAAAUAAACAUGACAAAGAUGUAAAAUCACAGUCAGGAAAGUGCCCAGUAAAUACGGAAUCCUUGACCGGGUUGACUCCUAGAACAGGACAAUUAAGACUACAGGAAGCAUUCGCUCUUAAAACUAAACUGACUCGAACUUCAGCAAGACACACAAGCAUUACCAGGGCAAUAGGCAUUUUCAUUGCUAAAGAUAUGCGUCCAUUUUCCGUCUUGGAAAACCCUGGUUUUGUGAAACUUGUGCACGAGCUUGAACCAAGGUAUGACAUACCAUGUAGGACUCACUUCUCUGAAAAAGUUAUUCCCAAACUAUACGAUGAAACAAAAUCCAAAGUAUCUGAGGGUAUAAAACAGGCAAGUUUUAUUGCAUUAACUACAGAUUCAUGGACUUCUAGAGCAACACAAAGUUAUAACACUGUGACAGCCCAUUUUAUUCAUGAUUGGGAAAUGAAGUCAUUUGUCCUUCAGACUACAGCUAUGGAUGAAUCACAUACAGCAGAAAACUUGUCAGAGUUCCUACUUCAGGUUGUUGCAGAUUGGAAUUUGCGGAGAAAUGGAGAGUUACCUGCACUGGUGACAGACAAUGCUAGAAAUAUAAUCAAUGCUGGUAAAAUUGCAGGUUUGCAUCCCCAUGUAGGGUGUUUUCGCACAUGUUAUCAACCUUGCUACUCAAAGGGGAUUAAAAGUUGCACAGAUGGAGAGAUUACUGAGUAGAGUAAGAAGAAUUGUGACCUUUUUUCACAAGAGUUCAACUGCAAUGGCAGUGCUGAAAAACAAGCAAACUCUCUUAGAAAUUCCAAAACACAAACUAAUAGGUGAUGUUUCCACUCGAUGGAAUUCAACAUAUGACAUGUUGAACCGUUACUUUGAACAGCGAAUAGCCAUAGAAGCUACAUUAAUGUCAAAGGAUGUAAAGAAAAAUGCCAAGGACAUUUACACACUCAAAGAAGAGGAUAUUGCUUCAAUUGAGAGAAUGAUACAGAUCCUAAAACCUUUAAAAACUGUCACAACCCUAUUGUGUGGGGAAAAAUCCCCAACAAUUUCUUUAAUACACCCCCUCAAGGAAAUGCUGAUGCAGCAGUUGCAGAUCUCUGGUGAUGACUCUCUUUGUUCAGCUGUUAAGACUGCCAUUCUCCAAGAUAUAAGACCAAGAUACACUGAUCCUGAGAUGCAGUUAUUUCUGAGAGAGAGUUCAUACUUGGACCCUAGGUUCAAAGCUAUGCCAUACAUCACUGAGGAAGAAAGAGAGGAGGUGUUCAAUUCCCUGGUAAAAAAGGUCCAACAACUGCACAGUACAGUCAAAGUGAAGAAAGAGAAAUCAGAUGACUGCUUAGAUAAGGGUGAUGAUCUCAGACUCCCAGUUCUUCCCACUCUUCCAGAUGAGGAUCAACCUGGUGAAGAUGACCCUGCAUCCUUAUCUGCAAGCUCUACAGAUCUGGAUGAGCCCCCACCUAAAACGCCAGUCUUAGAGUUGGAAGAUUCUGCAUCCUGUUCUGUUCCUCCCACAACACAGUCAGCCCUGGAUGAUCUCUUUGGAGAUGUUUUUGUUGUGAGGGUUGAACCUGCUAAGCCCUUUGAAGCUAGGAUAAAAAAUGAACUAGACUUUUAUAAAUCUGCAGAGUCCAUCCCCUUGAGUGCAGAUCCUCUUGAUUGGUGGAAGAAGAAUGAAUCCAACCUCCCCAUGUUAGGUCAACUGGCUCUCAAGUACCUCUGCAUUCCAGCCACAUCUGUUGCCAGUGAGAGGGUCUUCUCGACAGCUGGAGACCUAGUUUCGGCCCAGAGGGCUUGUCUGUCCAGUGAUCAAGUGGACCGGUUAAUAUUCUUAAAGAAAAACUUUGAGGUUGAUGAGAAUAACAAUUAGUUAAUUGUUAUAAAUAACUGUAUUGGCUAUUGAGUAUUGACUGAGUGCAUGUCCUGAAUGAUGUUGUU